GAAAAAAACAUGAUCGUGCUGAAGAAGUGGCUGCAUAUCUGGUACCUCGGCCACGCUACAAGCCGCGAGGGUGACAACGACGACGACAAUACCUACGUCCUGGUGCACGUUCAAGGCGACAAACCAGAGCAGGAUGUGUACGUCCCCCGAGGCUCGCUUCUUCCGCAAGUCACCAUUGGAAACCCCCCACCACAAGGAUGCUUUGGCUUGCCUGGUUUGUUGGUUCAGAUCUACGUUGUGGAUGCACAAUGGUCGAAUAUUCUCAUCGCCAAUGAUGCAUUCCUUGUGGGAGAGGUCGUGGCCACCGUCUGUGGCAAAGACGCAUGCAUUGUAGAUGUUGUAUUGCCUGGCAUGACUAGCCAGAUUCGACGGUGUCAGCUUGGACAAGGCUACGUAAGGAGUUCGGUAACGUUGCAUAGCGCCUAAAAUACUGGCGUGUAGAUGCGAGCAAUGGGGCCACACGAUUUUAAGCUCAUGCAACACAAGCUACAACGACUACCUGUCAACCAAGUUUCAAGCAAGGCAACGCUCGUGGAGCCAGUCACAGCCCUCUCAGCGAACAGUUCAGGAUACUGCGUUUAGCUAAGAGUAAUUGCAUUAACGCGCAUUUAUGAGCGCAAUGACGUCAACCGAUGAAGCCAUCACUGCGACGUUGUGAUCAAGUGCGUCCAAUUCAUCGCAGUCGGUUGUACACAUCAUGUUCGUGCUGACGACAUCUCUCGAGCGACAUGUGUCGGCGCUUCGUCGUUACAGGCUCGUGAUGGACUUUAUUCAGCACGACUGCCGCUUUCAUGCCUGCCAUUCACCGCAUGCCCGACGGGGGGCACUGGUACCCCUGCAUCCCCCAGCUAGGUCUUUCGUCCACCGUCGAAAUAGGAACAGCACUUGACUUAGCUCGAUGGAAUGUUCGCCGUCUGGUGGCAAAGCCUCGCAACCAGAAGACGGAUGAAGCCAGCACAAAUUUUCGAAUGUACCGGAAUGGCCUACGCAGCGCCAUCAGGUCCAAAUGAAAUGUGAAACCACUUGGGGUC